AGUUAUCGGCUAAUGUGCGCAUGGAGUGUUUACCUGGGAUUGUGGUCCUAUCAUUUUUGCGCCAAAUUGCUACAUUUAGAUUAGUUAAAUGAUAAAACGAUUAAAAACAAUCAUAAAACCUUUUCCGAAAGCUUUCUACUACAUAAAUUAGCGAUAAGUUUCUGCAGUUGCUUUUUUUUAAAUUACUGUUUGUGUUUCGGCAUCUUAUCAACAGCUGAUUUUUCAUUUUGAAAUCUUAUUUUUCACUUAAACAAAUAUAGUUUUCGGAACGUUUGGUCCGAAUAUUUGCAUCACGAUCUGCGAGUUGCCGAGCAAUGUUCGACUGUUUCAGAUAAUUUUGCAAUUAUAUUCAGGAUCACGAUAUCUUUUCUGGAUUUAUGUUGCGUGUAGUCUGAGACAUUUCAUUUGUGCGUGAAAAGUAUUUGUAGUACUUAUUGAUCUUGCCAUUAAACCGCAUGCUUGUCUCGAAGAUUAAGCCACGCAUAUCGGAAAUAUGUUAAAAUGUUGAGAAGGCCAUUUCACAUUGUUCUUGAGAAAAAUGAUGAGUGUAUAGAUGGUAUUUGAUGUUAGUAUAUACACUACUAAACGUGGAGAGUCUGAGGUAUGGUGCAAAUGUUUUCAGAUGGCCAUGAAGGUGAAAAUUUUAACAGUGAUGAUGAUCAAGCCAUUAUAUCUAAGUAUGAUGCUGGAAGAAGUGAAACAAAUGAAAUACUGUCUUGGGAAGAUCCAGCUUUAGAAGUUUAUCAUGUUACGGAUCGAUAUGGUUUCAUACAUGAUCAUCGUCUACCAGAGAAGCUCACUGCUCAUGAAACUAAAAUUCGUGAACGAGAAAAUGAAAGAUUGGGAAAAUGGCUGAAAAUGAUAAAGAACUGGGACAAGUACAAAGAUACUGAAAAAUUGAGGCUACGAGUAUACAAAGGUGUACCUAAUGCUGUCAGAGGUGAAGUUUGGUGUCGAUUACUGGGAGUACCUCAAAUAAAGUUGGAGCAAGAGGGAAAAUAUCAAGAAAUGGUUCAGCAGUCACGUUUGUACUGUACAGACAUAAAGCAAAUAGACUUGGAUGUCAACAGAACUUUCCGGAAUAAUAUAAUGUUUCGUGAGAGAUAUGGUCCUAAACAGCAGUCUCUCUUUCAAGUCUUAGCAGCAUAUUCUAUUUAUAAUGCAGAAGUUGGUUAUUGCCAAGGAAUGAGUCAAAUUGCAGGUCUUCUUCUAAUGUUUAUGAAUGAUGAGGAUACAUUUUGGGCACUGUCUGUUCUAAUGACGGAUAGCAAGCAUGCUAUGCAUGGUUUCUUUAUACCUGGCUUUCCAAAACUGAAGAGAUUUCAAGAACACCAUGAUAAGUUGUUAACAAAGUUCCUUCCCAAACUGAAAAAACACAUGGACAAAUUUGGUAUCCACAGCAGUCUCUAUACUUUAAAAUGGUUUUUCCAAUGUUUUCUUGAUCGUGUGCCAUUUACUUUGACUUUACGGCUUUGGGAUGCAUAUAUUCUAGAUGGUGAAGUUAUCUUGACAGCUAUGUCUUUUACUUUAUUAAAGUUGCACAGAAAAACUUUAUUAAAAAUGGACAUGGAUACACUGAUAGAAUUUUUGCAAAUAAAACUGGAGCAGGACUUCGGUUAUUAUGAUGAUGUUGCAAUUGAAGCCCUUCAGACUACUAUAUUAGAUCUUCAGAAGCAUAAGCUGCAUUUGCCAGGACAGGCUCCUCCCAAUGAGUUACCACAGAAACCAUUUGGACUUAUUAUUAGACCAGAAAGCAGUAGUGAAAGAAGGGUAUGGUACAAAUUUAUUAUGUACUAAAAUUUAAGAUUGCUG